GGCGGGGCGGGCCACCUUGACCAAUGAGAAGUGCAAGACCGUCUGCUGCUGGGCACGCUGGGAGCGCGAGGCCAGCGUGCCUAUUGGUGGCCUGAGGAGUGCCUUGCCUGGGCCAAUGAGAGCUCGAGGCCGGGCGAGCGCCGGCGCCCAGCGGACGCGGAGGUUGCCGGGAAUCAGGAUGCUGCAGGGGCUGGCGGAGUCGGGCUGAUUCGGCGGCUAUGCUGCUUUUCUGCCCGGGCUGCGGAAACGGGCUGAUUGUGGAGGAGGGGCAGCGCUGCCACCGCUUCGCCUGCAAUACCUGCCCUUACGUGCACAACAUCACCCGCAAGGUGACAAAUCGGAAGUAUCCCAAGCUGAAAGAAGUAGAUGAUGUACUUGGGGGAGCAGCUGCCUGGGAGAAUGUCGACUCCACUGCAGAGCUGUGUCCCAAAUGUGAACAUCCUCGUGCCUACUUCAUGCAGCUUCAGACCCGCUCUGCUGAUGAGCCAAUGACCACCUUCUACAAGUGCUGCAAUGUCCAGUGUGGACACCGCUGGAGGGACUAGGGGCCAGGCAGGCCCAGCCGUGUUGGCUUCUGGUCCCCUAUAAUGUGAUGAAUCCCCAGUGGGACUGUGAUCUGUGUCUUGAGUGCCAUGGGCCUUUGAUGGUGUGAUGGAAAGGCAACCCUUUUGUGUGAAGAGACAAGGAGUGUAGGCAUGCAGCCCAUCUGCCAGUUGGAGUGGACAAUUUCGUUGAUGUCCAGGGAGUUUUUGUGCAUGGGAAGAAACACGCUCCACUAUGUCUGCCCUUCGUAAGGUCCAGGCUGUUCAUAUUUCUGUGUAUCAAGCAAUUGACAUUUCCUCACUGUCAGCUCGCAGUCUUCAAUAUUUAUACUGUCAUGCAGAUAAUAAAGACAUAGAAACCUA